AUGGCGGCAUACGCGAAUGCGAUGGACAACUCCUCACUUGAAGACACAAUGACUAAAACUAGAGUUUCCAUCAAAGUCGGCUUCAUCACCAAGACAAGUCACACCAACGCCACCAUCGAAAGACCAACAUUCACGAUCGACGAGAAGCGUAGCAAUAUUCAAGUUGGCCCAAUUGCCCGUUCCUACUGGGAUAUCACCCAUGCGAGACAGCCGGGUGGUACGGAGCCGUCACAACCAACAAGCGCUACAUUCAGACAGAUGCAGCAUUUAGACUCAAAGCUGUCUGAGCCUCAGUCGACUGGUGCGGAGCCUGAAUUCCGAGUUGUCACGGCACGCAUCAACGGGUCCUCUAACCUCCAACUAUCUGCCAAUGUGCAGGAGAUUCGAGCGCUCGUUGGACCGCCAUCACCGUAG